AUGCUUCAGAAUCUUGGGCCAAAUUACUCUGUUUACGCUCGUAAAUUACCUUUUCAAAAUUGUGUCAAGGAAGAAUAUCAAAACAUAUUGAAGCAGAAAAUAACCUCGUGUUGUAGCGCUGUAAGAGAGAUAGUGUUUAGAGCCAAACUUUUUGUGAACUGGUAUCUUUCGAAAACCCCAAGUGAAUCCGUAUCUGAUGGUAUCUUUGGGCAACAGUUUUGGUAUCCUGUCUGUCAACUGGUGAACAAUAGAGAACCUAAAAACACCAAGCUUCUGCCACAAAGUUUUUUACAAGAAUGGGAUAACUUCAAAGCUGGAAAUCCUAAUGCCACUUUUAAUGAAGACUUGAUUGGAGGAGCUAGCCAGUACAUCGCUGAGGCCUGCUAG